AUGUCUUGGUUUGGAGAAUUUCAGUGGUUAUGCUUGGUCACCCUCUUUUUUGCCUCCUUGUUGACCAUCGCUGUCUAUCUGGUCCAGUACGCCCUGAAUGGUUGGAGGAAACGUAAAGCGAGGUCGCCUUAUGGUGGCGCACAGGGUGAGGCCGACACUCUACUGUCCUGGAUAUUAUCUCUGAAUAGCUGGCGGAGUCAAUGGCUGAAGGCUUGGAUAGCUGCCCUCAACGAAGAGGCCGGGAAAAGAGGGGUUGUCUGCUGCAGUAUAGUGGGUGACUGUCUACAAUUUGCCGUACGGGUCACCCGGACCCUACCAGCCAACUCAGGAUGCCAAGUGUACAGCGUCCGCAUCAAACCGCUACAUAUAAAUUUGGAGCUUCGUGUAAAAGAAGGAAAUGGAAGAGAUGUCCAGGUCACAUGGUCCAUGGGAAACUUCUGUGAUCUCGAUCUUCAAGUUCAACCAAAAACUAAUCUGGAGACCCCCGGAGCAAGUGCCAUCAAGGAAACUCUGGAGGACAUCUUGAAGAACCUCAUGGGCUGUGUGCGACCUCAAGUAGACCUGAGCAGCAAGUCCACCAAUGUCAAGGAGUAUCAGAAUAUUCCUGGCAUCUAUUCCCCAGUAAUGUGUCCCCCAAAACCACCCCGAGCUCAUGAGCUGAAGCUUCAAGUCCGGAACAUCAAAGCAGCGCUGGCGGGAAAUGUCGACACCUCAGGGAUGGUGGUGUGCUCCACGCAGCUCAAUGACCCCGUCCAGAGGUUCACUACCGCAGCCGUACAGCAUAGCCUUAGCCCCAGCUGGGAGGACGAGUUUGUGUUUGAACUGAAUGCAAAAUCCAGAGAGCUGCAGCUAGAGAUUUCCGAAUCUGGGCAACCAGCCGGGAGUCCCCCAUUGGCCAGCACUACCGUGCCCUUGGAUCUAUUCAGGAAGAACCCCUCAGGAAGGCAGAACUACUCCCUCCACCCCAACAGCCCCUUAUCUGGGUCGAUCAGCGCUCAGUUCUUGUUUGUGGAACCGAAUGAAAUGAAAUCCUGGACGGUCCCGGUCCCUGCAAAGAAAGUAGAGAAGGACCGGACGGUGAUGCCUUGUGGUACUGUGGUCACCACCGUCACUUCUGUCACCUCAAAGCCGAGGUUAGAGGGAAAGAGCGAGAAAACAUCAGAUUCACCCUCCAGGACUCCCCCUAAAAUAAAAAUCAUUGAGAGGGACUUCUCAGUACAAGCCAUUCCUUCUCAGACUGGUGUGGUGAGCAAGGCGCUGUCCUCCUCAGACACAGAACUCUUGAUGCUGAAUGGCUCUGACCCGGUUGCAGAAGCUGCCAUAAGACAGCUGAGGGAGUCUUCUAGACAGUCCCUGAAGUCUCCUCGUAAGAAAAGCACCAUUAUCAUAUCAGGGAUCUCAAAGACUGUGCUUACUCAGGACGACGAAGCCGCCCUCAUGUUGAAUUACGCGGCCUCCAUGGACAGCACAAUUCAGAACGACGCGUCCUUCACCUUUGACGACGACUCUACAAUGGCCGCCGGCGAUAAAGGUCUGACGUUGGCGUCCACGGCCACCAUGCCAGCCAUGGGCUCAGACGACGAGCUUCACAGUGCCUGGGAGCAGGACAGCCAGCCUGGGGAGUGGAAUGUAAAUGGAAUGGAGGACCAAGAUUCCGAAUUAGUAUCCGUCAGUAAUUUGAGCAUCUCGGAGACGGGGAGCGUCAGGAAAUCUAAAGGUGGACUUUUACACAGAGGGGCAAAGCUAUUUUUCCGCCGGAGGCACCAGCAGAAAGACCCUAGCAUGAGUCAGUCCCACAACGACCUGGUCUACCUGGAAAGGCAAGGGGCAGUGGAGCAUCGCAAGAAGGGGGCCACGCUGUCCCGGUUUCUCAACAAAAACAAGAAGCUUCUCCCCAAAAAUAAACACAAAAAUAAACCCCAACCAGACAAUGACUAAAUCGGGCCAGGCAAGAUGGCCGACCAAGACCCCCCACAUCCUUGUCCUUGAGGAAAGCCCCCGAGCGACAAACAAGGCAUAAGGCCAACUUGAAGGCAUAUUUUAUGUCCCUCAUGAACCUGUAAAAUCCUGCUUUUUUCUGUCUUUUAGCUCAACACUGUGAGAUUUUUAGGAGUCCUCUAUGGUUGCUUGUCUCCAACGCACAAUGGAGGCAGCCAUUUUAUGAGCUAAAGCAAUACUCAUGACAAGAUCAGCCGCCGAGGCAGCCAUUUUGCCAUCCACACUAAUGGAGUGUGAGAAGUUCUCAGCUACGAGACGGCCAUUGAUUGCCGUGUACCUCAUCCCCCGGUGAUGUUAAUGGUUUCUAGAGUAAUUAUUUAAUUAUAUAUAUAUAUAUAUUUUUUUUUUUCUACAAAAUGGCAUCUGCUGUGAAAUGUGGAUUGAGGUCCACCUCGCUUUGUCAUGGAGUUCGCAUGUAAAUUGUAUUUAUGAAGCACUGCAAUGGUGAAAGUCUCCAUUUAGUUGUAGAGUCAAUAGGAGCGAAUGGUUUUCGUCGCAAUUACCUCUGAGUGGGGGGGGGGGGGGGGGGGCGAGGAUUUCUAUGAUAUCCGAUGGUGCCAUAUAUCAUAAAGCAACAGACCACCCUGAACACUAAUUCUGUAAAUAAUAGAUAGAGUAAGAGGUUUUUAAAGAGUUAUAACCCCAUCGUCAUGCAAGAUUUUCGCUUAUACCAGUUACCAGAUUAGCCGAAUGUUACUGGUUCCACGCACGGCCAUAUAGGAAGGCAGGGGUGUAGCUUUAGGGUAGUGGUCUUCAACCUGCGG